GCGAGGCGGCGGCGCCUCCUGCCAUUGUUCCUCGGGCGGCGGCGGGAGCGGGAGCGGCGCGAGCAUCCCGAGCCGAGCACGGUGAGCUACAUCAUGACAACAGAGAAGGGCUUAGUGGCCGAGGCCGAGAAUCCACAACACCAACAGCAAAAAGAAGAAGGUGAAGGAGCCGCCAGAACAGGAACACAAGAGGCUCAGCUGGAGGAGUCAUCGCAGAAGGCAGCUGAGGGGAUUAAUCAUUCCGAACAGAAGCAGAAGGCUUCCAAUGGUGACACCCCUCCACACGAGGACUUGAGUAAGAACAAAGAGCGGACAUCAGAAAGCCGAGGCCUGUCCCGUCUGUUCUCCUCUUUUCUCAAGAGGCCUAAGUCUCAAGUCUCCGAAGAUGAAGGCAAAGAAAUAGAAUUAGCUAAGGAUAAAAGAGAGGGAGGUCAGAGGGAAACAGAGUUUGGAGCUGGUGUUGAUGAAGAGAUCCUUUUAAAGGCUCCCAUAGCUGCCCCUGAACCUGAACUUAAAACAGACCCGUCUUUGGACCUUCAUUCUUUAAGCAGCGCAGAAACACAGCCUGCCCAGGAAGAACAUGGAGAAGAUCUAGAGUUUGAAACUAAGGAAGGAGAAGAACCUGAAGAAGGCUCCAAUACAGAUGUGAAAAAAGAAAGUGUGGAACCAAAAACUGAGAAAGAGCUCGGGUCUUCCCAUAAAGCUGUCAGAAGACACAGAAACAUGCAGUGCAAGGUGUCCUUGCUGGAUGACACAGUUUAUGAAUGUGUUGUGGAGAAACACGCUAAAGGACAAGAUCUGAUAAAAAAAGUAUGUGAACAUCUCAAUCUGUUGGAAGAGGACUACUUUGGUCUAGCCAUAUGGGAUAAUGCAACUUCCAAGACUUGGCUGGAUCCUGCCAAAGAAAUAAAAAAGCAGGUUCAUGGAGCCCCUUGGAAUUUUACAUUCAAUGUGAAGUUUUAUCCACCUGACCCAGCACAAUUAUCAGAAGAUAUAACAAGGUAUUACUUAUGUCUUCAGCUUCGGCAGGACAUUGUUACAGGACGACUGCCCUGCUCCUUUGCCACUUUAGCUCUGCUGAGUUCUUACACUGUCCAAUCUGAAUUGGGAGACUAUGACCCAGAACUUCAUGGUGCUGAUUAUGUUAGUGAGUUUAAACUGGCCCCAAAUCAGACCAAAGAGCUUGAAGAAAAGGUCAUGGAACUUCAUAAAUCGUAUAGGUCUAUGACUCCAGCCCAGGCUGACCUGGAAUUUCUUGAAAAUGCCAAAAAGCUGUCCAUGUAUGGAGUUGACUUUCAUAAAGCAAAGGACUUGGAGGGAGUGGACAUCAUAUUGGGAGUGUGUUCCAGUGGCCUUCUUGUUUACAAAGACAAGCUGAGAAUUAACCGCUUUCCUUGGCCCAAAGUGCUGAAGAUUUCCUAUAAGCGUAGCAGCUUUUUUAUCAAGAUUCGACCUGGAGAGCAUGAGCAAUAUGAAAGUACCAUUGGAUUCAAACUUCCCAGUUAUCGAGCAGCUAAGAAAUUGUGGAAAGUAUGUGUAGAGCAUCAUACAUUUUUCAGACUAACAUCCACCGAAACCAUUCCCAAGAGCAGGUUCCUUGCCCUAGGAUCCAAAUUUCGUUACAGUGGCCGGACUCAGGCCCAGACCAGACAAGCCAGUGCUCUUAUUGACAGGCCUGCACCACACUUUGAGCGUACAGCAAGCAAACGGGCCUCUCGGAGCCUUGAUGGAGCUGGAGCAGUAGAGACACCAGACCGAAGCCCUCGGCCUACCUCAGCACCAGCCAUUGCUCAGAGCCACGGUCCAGAAGGCAGCUUGCCUGGUACCUUGAAUGGCAAGAAACCCACAGUCUCUCAAGUGCAGAAGGAGGCUGUGAAGGGAGAGACGAAGAAGGAAGAAGUGGCACCAGAAGAGGUGGAAGCAGAGCCUGCUGAAGUGUGGAAGAAAAAAACAAAGACACUAGAUGGUGAAAACAUUUAUAUCAGACAUAGCAAUUUAAUGUUGGAGGAUUUAGACAAGACCCAGGAGGAGAUCAGGAAGCACCAUGCCAGCAUUAGCGAGCUCAAGAAGAGCUUCAUGGAGGCUGUCCCAGAGCCUCGGCCCAGCGAGUGGGACAAGCGCCUGUCGACCCACUCCCCCUUCCGGACGCUGAACCUCAAUGGGCAGAUUCCCUCAGGAGAAGGAACUAUGAAUGACAUUCCUAAAGAGGAAGUGGAUGCAGUGACAGAGAAACGAAACCUUGACUCUGAAUGGGAGGGCCUUGAGCAUUCAGUAGCUCAUAGUGGGACCCAAAUGACAACCCCCUCGGAGUCUCUACAAAGCCACGACUUUGGGCCUGUCUCCAUAAACGUCAAGGAGGCAGAAGACAAGGCACAUGGGUCAGCUGGUCUCUUUGAUAACAAAGAGAUGCAAAGUUGUCCAAAUGGGGUAUGUACAGGUGUAGAAGAGCAAGCUGGUGCCUUAAAGCUCUCGAAGUGCAUGCUCUCAGACACACCUGCUUCCUGUCAGCUGUACACUGGUGAAAAAGAGGCAGAGAGUGGUGAAGACCAUGUUACACCAAAUGAGCAACCUGGGAAGCAAAAUGGACCAUAUCCUGACUUUCACAUGGGUUCAGGGUUCCCCACCCUCAUUCGAAGUUUCCAGCCUCCCCUGGUAAAGACUCAGACAGUCACCAUCUCGGAUGUUACUAAUGCUGGGAAAAGUGAAAUCCCAACCAAAGAUGUCCCCAUUGUUCACACUGAGACAAAAACCAUCACUUAUGAGGCUGCCCAGACUGAGGAGGGCAGUGUUGACUUAGACCCUGGUGUCCUGCUGACAGCUCAGACCAUUACAUCAGAGACCACAAGCAGCACCACCACAACUCAGAUUACCAAGACCGUAAAAGGUGGGAUCUCAGAGACCCGGAUUGAAAAAAGAAUUGUGAUCACAGGAGAUGCUGACAUUGAUCAUGAUCAGGUCCUUGUGCAGGCAAUCAAAGAAGCCAAGGAGCAGCACCCCGACAUGUCAGUGACCAAGGUUGUUGUCCAUCAGGAGACUGAGAUCGAUGAAGAGUAACUCAGGAAUCUCACCCCACACCUUUUCCAGUCAUGGAGAAAACUAACGGAACAAUAAGAAAACUUCCUUCAGCAUUCAGGCUUUGGACUUUCAAGAUUUUUCUAAAUCACUGAAAAUUCAUUUUCCUUUGCAUUUGGAGUUAAUGAUGUGGGAUUCUUCUAGAUGCCACUGAGCCUUUGCCAUAGCUUUUUCUAGAUUGUGAUGUCAGAAACUGCCCAGCUUUUUACUCUGUGGACUGUUUUUUAGCUAAGCGGUGGUGAUUUUUUUCAGGGUGGCUUGCACUCUUCACUUUUUCAUACCUGUUUCUGACACCAGGCACUGACCAUUCCAUGGGCUUUGCCGCCUCGCAAGAACCUCAUCCACUGUGCUGGAGGAGAAAGCCAGGUUAUUUGGUCUCUGUUCUUUAUUGUACCCUCUUGGUGACAGACAUGGCUACAAAAACCAACUCUUCUCCUUCUGGAGCCAAUGAGUUCACUUCAUCUGCCUGAUUGAAGCCUGGGAUAGUAGGGGCAUCUCCCUGGUGCCUGACUGGAAGGGUGUUCCUCUGUGAAUCAUGGGCAGAGAGCCAAACGCACACCAUAAUGGGCAGAGACCUUGGCUGCGAAUGUAGUGUUUUUCUCUUUAACACUUUUUUUUUUCAAAAGCUAUUUCAGUAGCUGUUUAGAGCAAAGAAACUGGAACUUCAUAUAUAUGAUACUGUGAAUUCUCAAGCACAUUCAUGGAACUGUCACCCACCUCCUUAACCUUUUGGCCCCUUCAGAAACAGCCUUUUCCCCCCUCUCCUAAUACAAUAGAUCAAACUUUAUGGAUAGUAGUCUCAAGACAACAGCUGCUGACCACCCAAGUGGACUGUGCGACAUCUACCCAGCAAGCACAAUCAGCAGAAGCAUCAAAAAGUCCUUGUUCCACCUAAUGGCUUCAGGAGAGACUAAGGGAGGGGGCUUAAUGAGGUGUGAGAGGAGGUCUCUGUUUCUGACCACUCAAUGCUCCCAAGUAGGACAGUGGUGAGAUUGGCCUUGAAUGGUCAGAUUCUGCCAAGAAGCCUUCCUGAGGCAGCUUCGCUGAUCUAGAAGUAUCAGAGUAGCCAGACCUGGCUGCUUCUCUUCUCCCCGCUAGGGCCUACCUGUAGGGGUUGAUCCCUAAGCCAAGGCCCUUGUGGGCCUGGGACCUUUGUCUCCUUUCCCAGGGUUGUAGCAUGACCUGGGAAUCAGAGCAUGUCUUCCUUUCAUAAGGCUUCACUAUUUUCUACUUGAGUUUGAGGCUUUCUGGAUUUGGUUUUGAAGUGUUAGAACUAAUAUCCUCAGGAUUUGUGAUCACAGUGUUCCCCUGUGCCUGCCUCUGAGGCACCUGCCUAACCUAACUUGGGGCUGUGGCCUAGAAUUGAGGAUUUUCUCUCAUGGUGACUGGUCCUCCCAUUGGCCUGCCUCUUUAGUCCCAAACAUAUCUUCCUGAGUCUUACCCUGGAAGGAGCAAGGGCUUCCUAGGAGGAGGACAGGGUGAGCUGCGAGGGGGAGGCAAGAAAGUUGGCAGUUUGUCCAAGCCGCAGAGUAGUAUCGUGCAGCUCACUCAUGUCAGCACCCUCCCCUCAGGCUGCCAUUCUGUAGCCUCCCUCCCCCAGAGCUUAUAAAACAGGAGUGGUGCCACAGCAGGCCAUGAGCGCCCACUUACUUUGGAAUUGAUCCCAGCUGGGGGAAAAGAGUGGGCCUCAGUGAGCUGUAGGCUGAAGUGGUGUCCCCUUGGAGAAGGCAGGCCCUCCCACCUGUGCUUUAGUCACAAAGGCCAACCCAGAAUGGAGCCAAUGAAGACACAGCCCCCAAUCAAGAAAGCAUACCAUGAGCCAUGGUACAUAGCAGCAAAGCCCAAAAUUCCCAAGAGGAAGCUAAUCACUCACCAGAAGGGAGAUAAGGCUCAGACAAGCAAGCAUGUGUCAUUUGUCACAUAGGGAACCAGGCCAGAGGGAGUGGAAGGCUCAUUGUGAGCCCAUCACCAUCAGGAGGGAGAACACCACAAAGCAUCUCUUUCCAUGGAGGAGAAGCCAGCAGUAUCAUCUUCACACGUGAAAUAGAACAAGGAGUUGAGAACGUCAUGAAAUGUGCCAGUGGGGCCUAGAAAUUUUGGUGUAAGGCCACCUUUUUUGGCAAGAAUGAGGACUGAGGUUUACAGAAAAGUUGUCCCAGAGCAGAGUGACACGACUUUUAAAGCAUAAAUGUGGUUGAGCUGAGUCCUCAUCCCAACUUCAUCCAUCCUUAGAGCGGAAUCCCUCCUCGACUCAUGCAAACCAAGCCCCAGUGAAAUUAAAUGGAUCAUGCAUUGUCACACAGCUAGUGAGUGGUGGACCUGUGGCUCUCUUUACUCCAUCACCUGGCUCACAAAGGGCUCACUCACUAGCUGUGUGGCCUUAGUCAAAACUUUUUCUCCCAUGGGCCUGUUUCCUUCAAGCAUAGUGGGGGUCAUUUGGCCUGCAAUAUUCCCUGCCCUACAGCCUCUCUCUUCUCUCCUCCCCUUGACCUUAACCCGACAGUAGACGUUGAGACUAUUUGGAUUUUUCUCUGCCUAUCGUAUUUUCCCUGUGAAAAGAACCAGAUGCAAAGGAGAUAGUGGGCUGCCCAGGGCACCAAGGACAGGAGAAAUAUGUAGGGCAAGAUCGGAACUCCAAGAGGCUCAGAAAUCCUCCCAGGCUUAGGGACUAGGCAGGAACUUGACCAAAGUGACUCAGACACACCACAGACAACUUUCUCUAUAGUUUUAUUCUCUUUCACCUCAAGAUGAGACUGCAGGGAUGGCUGUCUCACAGAUCGACCGAUCAUCCCUAGCUGCAGGCCAUCCAGAGCUUCUGUUUACAGCAUCUCAGGCCCACUCAGUAUCCAGUGCAGUGGGACAUGGGGGAGGGCAGGAGAGAAAAGACUUGGGGAGUCCAAGCCUACCACCCCAGCAGUGACUGGUCUUCUCACUCCAGAACGUUUUCCACCAAUUUGGUCCCCAAUCUAGAUUUCUUUCUACAAAUCAGUUUCAAGUGUAUUAUUUUAGUUGCAAAGAAAAAAAUGAAGGUCUGUAAAUUAAAAAAAAAUCCUCACAAUUUUGUAUUGUAUCGAAUGGCUGUUUACAUUUCUUGAUGAAUUAGGAGCAAUGGCAGCAGAAUCCAACGGGGAAAAUCCUUAGAUUAAAUUAGGUGAUGAUCAGAUCUGCUAUUUGGGACUUUGGUAGUGAGAAGGCAGGGUAGGUUGUGAUAGUGUUUAGAUAUACUGGGUCGGUCUUGCUGCUUGUAUUACUUUUUCAAUAAAUUUCAAACAAAAA